AUGGACGCAGAGCGUGUCAAAGUGGCGGAACUGCAGGGAAACCAGCUCGCCAUGUCGCAGCAGCUGACUGCUUCCAGAACGCAGGAGAUGGCGCAGCGACGGGAGCUUGACAGCGCGAGCGAUGAGAUUGACCAGCUGCGGAAGCGGCAUGCUCGAGAGCUGGAGGAGCAAGAGAUUGACAUGCGCAAGAAGGAUCGUGAAGUCCGGGAACUCAAGGAGGACCUUCGCAUGUGCCAGCAUGACUUGGAACGGGAACGAGAGACUGUCGCCAGUUUGAAAGCGACAGUCUCCCACCAGUCGACUGCACAUGUCGCGCUUACUACGCAGAUCUCUUCCUCACAGGCACAUCAGACAGCCUUGCAAGCUCAUCUAGAGGCAGAGAUGAAGGCUAAGUCUGACCUCGAGGCCGAGUUGGAGUCAAUGCGGAAGCGGAUAGUAGAAUUGGAGAUAGAGACACGCGAGGCCGAAACCAUACGGCGCAAGCUUCACAACCAAGUGCAAGAGCUGAAGGGCAAUAUCCGUGUUUUCUGUCGAGUGCGCCCGUUGUUGUCUUCCGACAUCCCCACUCCCGACUACGACCCGGAGGAGGAGGAUCGGCGCAGAGAGGAGUGCAAGGCGCUCAUGGUGUUCCCGGAUAAGAUGGAUCACAAAGAGAUUAUGCUCAGCUCGUCGAGCGAAAGCGCGACUGGACAGGAGCGCAAGGACGAGUGGAUAUUCGCGUUCGAUCGGGUGUUCGAGCCGCAUGCCAGUCAAGCGGAGGUUUUCGAGGAGAUUUCGCAACUCGCUCAGAGCUGCACAGACGGCUACAACGUCUGUGUGUUUGCUUAUGGCCAGACUGGUUCUGGCAAAUCUUUCACCAUGGAAGGCGGGACGACGGAGGCGACUGUUGGAAUGAUCCCUCGAGCAGUCGAACAAGUCUUCCGGGAAGCAGAGCAGUUGAAGAGCAAGGGAUGGGAGUACAAGAUGGAAGGCCAAUUCCUCGAGAUCUACAACGAGACUAUCAACGACCUUCUUGGAAAAGCAGAUUUCGACAGAAAGAAGCAUGAAAUCAAGCACGAUGCAAAGACCGGCCGCACGACCGUCACCGACGUGAACGUCGUGCCGCUCUCCUCACCCGCACAGGUCAGCACGCUCCUGAACUUCGCGCAGUCCCGCCGCAGCGUAGCGGCCACUCUCAUGAACGAGCGGUCCUCGCGCUCGCACUCGGUGUUCACCUUGCGGAUCUACGGCAAGAACUCCCUGACGGGAGAGUCGUGCGACGGCAGCCUCAAUCUCGUCGAUCUUGCUGGUAGUGAGCGGCUCGAGAAGAGCGGUGCUGCUGGCGAUAAGGACCGCCUGCGGGAGACGCAGAACAUCAACAAGAGCUUGAGCGCCCUUGGCGAUGUCAUCGCUGCGCUUGGAGAGAAGGGAGAGGGUAAGACCGACAAGCAUAUUCCGUACCGGAACUCGAAGCUCACGUAUCUGCUCCAGAACUCUCUGAGUGGCAACUCGAAGACCCUGAUGGUCCUGAACUUGUCGCCUCUGGCAUCCCACUUGAACGAGUCGCUUUGCUCCCUUCGGUUUGCCACCAAGGUGAACAACACGACGAUUGGAACGGCCAAGAAGCAGACACGGGUAAUUGGACCAUGAUGGAUUCUAUUGUGCUAAUAUUACAUUGGUUACUCCUGGACACUGAAAAACGUACGGUACAGCUUGGAGAGUAUAUGAGUCGAGAUGAGAGGGUUGUGAUGUACAUGCAUGAGAUCCGGAAUGGCUAUUUAAUGUACAACAGUACAGUCCCACCGUUUGUCAUGAUUUUGAGUCGGUCCCCACAGGACCGCUCCUCUUGCUUUGCCGACUCUGCAAUGCCUCUCGCUUGACUUCACUUGCCCACUUGAAGUAGUUGCACCGGUACUGAUGAUCCACCUCGUCCCGCAGUCGCUCUGCCUUGCCCUUGUCAUAUCCAGGACCG